AUGGAUUGCCCAUGUCAAAAAAAAAGAAAAUCUACAGAGAUCAAUAAGUCAGGUUCUGAUGCUACAAAAAUUGAUGAGUCAAAUGUUUCCAAUGCUCCUGAAGACAUUGAAGAUGUUCUUAUGGGAGACAAUAUUAUUGAUGACAAACAAGUAAAAGAGCAUAAUCUUGAGAAAAGCUGGGAGUUUAAAGAACCAAUUCCUAGCUGGCUCAAACGGCUUCAUCAACAUUGCAAAGAUCUUGCCACCACAACUGACACUGACCUUGAAUCACUGUCUCAAAAAGGAUUGAAGAAGGUAGCCAAAACCAUAAUACAUCAUGGUGUUUGUGGUGCUAUAAAUAAGAUUCGAAAGAUUUUGACUACUUCGAACAAAGUCGAAGAUGAAAACCCCUUCCUUGACUCCCCACCUACUGAAAUCACAACUGCUGAUAAUUUUGUUCAAGAUGGAGAUUAUAAGCACCCAGAUGUCUGUUACAUCAUUGAACUUCUUUGCUAUAUUGGGGAGAUGGUUUCCAGAGCUUCACGACAAUGCCAUACUCAAGCAAUUGAUGCUUCUGAUAAAGCAGAAGGUUAUCAUCUAGAUUGGCUUUUUACAAAGCAUGAUCUUGCAAAAGAUCUUACCUGGGGGCAAGAAUUUUCACUUUGUGAAAGAGCAGGGUCCAAAAUCGAAAAUGGAAGAAAAAUACUCGAUAACACACUCAAAGUGCAAAAAACACUGCAUGACAUGCAUCAGACGUUAUUAGAAACCUUGUCUAAUGCAGGUGGUGGUGCUGUUCCUGUCAAAGUUGCUCAAGCUUUCCGAAAACUGCUUCUGCCUGGAUUUAUCUCAUCUCAAUUUUUUAUUCAGGUUUUGUUAAAUGUAUACAUUGGUGGUAAAUACCAUGGAUCCAUCAUGCUAGCAGAAUUUGAUGUACCCACUCAAUUUGAUGAAAUGAGCAAGAUUGUAACAAUAGCACAGAUGAUGUUGAAUGUUAAGAAUAUUUUCAAGCAAACCAUAAAAACCUUCACUUUGAUGGAGGAAGCUUCCAAGAAGAAGAAACACUCUGUAGAAAACGUGUUGGUGCCAUCGAGAAUCAAAGAGCAUGUGACUCCUAAUGCUAAGAAACAAAAAACUUCUAAAACUAAGAAUCAAUAG